GAAGCCAGGCCCAGAGCCUCCGCGACCGACACAGGCGCUGUGCGGGCCCAGCUAGACCGCGGCCGUGGGGUGUCCAGGGUAAACCCGGCCCCGCCCCAGCCCCUCCCGGCUUUGGCGGCGGAGGGAGCCGGAUUCCAGCUGAAACUACCGCUGGUUUCGCUGCAGAGAUCUGCGUGUGCGCCCGGAGUGGUGCCGCAUACCUGUGAUCUCAGCACUCCGGAGGCUGAGGCAGGAGGAUGCAGUGAGUUGAGACCAGCUUGGGCUCCAUAAUGGGUUCGAGGCCAUUCUGAAUUUCAAUAGCGAGACCCUGUAUCAAUCAACCGAAAGUCUGUGUGGUUCAGCUUCCACCGCUGGGGGCCUGUGGGGAAGGACAGAGCAGGCCGGACAAGACUGACCCCAGGCUUCCUUUCGGCUCCAUCUUGGAAGGCGGUGAGGCAGAGGCGGCCUCCACACUGGACAGUCAGGGUUCUUGGCUGCACCUGGGACCCCAGCCUCCUUGGGAAAGAGCCCUGCCUCAGUUGAGCCAGCACCACCGGGCUCCCGGACGGAGCCCUUCCUCAGGCGCGAUGGCCUCUUCCAGGCCUGAGGGGAGUGGAGAUGCUUUAGGCUUUCCUGCCCAAGUCCCCGAGCCCGCCGAGCCCUUGCCCCUUGGCCGCGGGGCUGCCGCGCUGCCCUAGGGCUCCCUGGGCUGGAGGACUUGGAGCCAGGCUACUGCCCCGGUGUGUCCCGGCCUCAGCCUGAGCUGGGAAGACCCACCGAGAUGGGUGAGGCGUUUUCCCAACCCGGCUCCAGGGGAGGGGCCGAGCGCAGGCCGCUCCUGUCCCCCCGAGAGCCAGGCCAAGGGGCUGGCCGUGGCAGCUUCGUGCCCUGUCCUACCUGCCGGGGCAGCGGGGAGAUCCCCCAAGAGCGGGAGAAGCAGCUGGUGGCCCUCAUCCCGUAUGGGGACCAGAGGCUGGAGCCCAGGCGCACGAAGCUCUUCGUGUUCCUGGCGGUGCUCCUGUGCCUGGUCACCGCUGGCUUCGCCUUCUUUUUCCUCUUUCCCCGGAGCAUCAGUGUGCACCCCGCGGGCCUGAACUCCUCCACCGUGGCAUUUGACAAAGCCACUAUCCACCUCAACGCCACAAGUGUGCUGAACAUCUCCAACCCCAACUACUGCCCAGUCACUGUGACCCAGCUGACCGUCCAGGCCCUGCAUGUGUCCCUCCUGGUGGGCCAGCUGUCCGAGAGCCUCCUGCUUCCCAUCAGCCCUUUGGCCAGUGACCAGGUGCUGUACACCAUGGCCAGCAGGAUCUCGGAUGAGACCACCUACAAAAUCUGUACCUGGCCGGAGAUCAAGGUCCACUACGUGGUGCUACACAUCCAAGGCACCUUGACCACCUCCUACCUGGGCCACGAGGACCAACACAGCUUCGAGGGCUCGGAGUAUGUGGACUGCCGCCGGGGAAGGGUGCUGGAGCUCCACCCGCCCUGAUGCACCGAGGGACCUGGGGCCGUCCUCCCUGCCCACCCGCGCUCUCCCUCUCCUCCCACCCCUAAUGGUUCUUUGGGGCACCAGGGGCUUAUCACGCAUCGGCGCCGCCGUGGUGACAGCCAGGAGUCCGUGAUGUUGCCAGGGUCGAAGUGGGCCAUCCCGAGGGGCGGGGGUAGCCAGAUGUCAAGGGUUUAUAUUCAGUAAACCGGGAACAGCACCGCCGGGAGCCGCUGGCCGGAGGGCGCCAGGGCCACUCCCCUCACGCCACCUGCUUGCUGCUGUCCAGUGGCAUCAAGGCCUCUGCACAUGAGAGGUGCCCUGCUCCCCACCAAAUCAGGCAUCGAACCCCAGCCUUCCCACCAAGCCCCAGCCCUUUCUUUAAAGAUUUUGAGACAGGGUCUCACUAAGUGACUGAGUUGCUCCGAUUGGGUUGGACUUGCCAUCCUCCCGCCUCACUGCUGACGCUGUCUGUACUUACCCUGUGUCCCGGCUUCUGCACGGUCAUCCGCAGGCGAUGCCCCCUGGGCCCUCUGCCUCCUCCCUCAGGAGACCCCUUCUGCUGCCUGGGCCCCAGGUCAUGACUGCAGUGACCUCGAGGACCUUCUCAGGGUGCAGGACAACAGGACUGGGUCCCCAGGCCCUGUCCCCUCUUCCUGGGCUGCUGAGGGAAGGGCGGGGGGGCUUGGGAGCCUCAGGGUCUCUUCUGGACGGGGCGGCUGAGGGCUGGGACAGCGAGGCUGGGUUCGGCAGGGUCCUGCAAGCUCUGCUCCUCAGUUGCCCACCAGCUGCCUCCAUGCUGCCCGGGCAGCUCAAGCGUGCUGCAUCCUUGCACAGGCUCGGGAUGGGGUGACACCUAGUGACCAUCAGGAGCCAACAGCUGCAGCUGUGGGACGAGGGAGGCGCAACAGCAGGAGUGCAGACUCCAGAGGCCCAGGGCAGACUUGGAGCCUGGGCUUUAUCUCAAAAGCAAGGAGCUGCUGGGUGUGGUGGUGCAGGCCUGUGACCCCAGCCCUCAGGAGGCUGAGGCAGGAGGAUUGCUGUAAGUUCGAGGCCAGCGUGGGCUACAUACUGAGACCCUGUCUCAAAAAAAGAAAUAAGCACAGAAUUGCUUCCGCUCCCCUUCUCCCCAUGUGUCCUGCCUUACCCGGCCCACACAGCUGGCAGGGGCCUGGAUUCCAGGAGUCACAUUUUACUGCAGUCAGUGAUUCCCAGAGCAAGAGCAAGGCUUCCUCGGGCGCCCCCUGCCGGUGGUCGGAGGUGUGGCUGCUCCUUCUUGGCGACGGUGGGCGGGGUCCUGCAGUCCAAGUCCGGGUCACCACUGCUGGAUGUAAUCAGUUGACUGAGAAGAGGGAGGGACAGGAGACAACGGAGUGAGCAUCUCUGUGCUGUUGUUCAGGGCCUGCCAAACCCUCUGAGGCCUGAAAAAGAGCAGCCCAGACCUCGUCCUACUCUGUGCAGAGGACAGCACCCCUGCCAUGCCCAGUGCAGGCUGUGGAGAGCGAGCCCUACCCGGGAACAGGCUGCGUGCUGAGCUGAGAGUAACUCGCACCCAAGUCCCGUUCAGGCUAGAAGGACAGUGUUCUAAUCACAGUCACAUGUUGUGUAUUGUGUUCCUGAUCCGAGAGUGCUUUGUCUUGUCUUUUCUGAGCCUUGUUUACAUCCAUUUCCACAGAAACCACACAUCACCUUUACCCCAGUUGAUUGCCAAUAAAAGUCAGCACCCGGGACUGGCCAG